GUCAGAAACCAGCUGUGGACGGGAGAGCGAGAGGAGAGCACACACACGGCAGAGAGGAGGAGGACCGCUCCGGGAGAGCUGCGGCUGUCGCAUCCUCCGGAACAAAUCCGGCCAGAGGGCACGUCUUUGUCUGGGAACGCAUCCAGAAGAGGGCAGCGCGCACGGAUCUACCCGAUGUGAGCUCCUGGGUCUUAUUCCAUCUCCUGGAUUACAGUGUUUAGCGUUACAGCAGCAUCAUCCGGUCACGGCUGUGUGUGUUUACAUCGGAACCUUGACCGGACUGGAAGUUAUCGGGGAAGACCUGUGGGGACGACGCACGACGCAGCGCGCCUUUGGGGGUUUCUGGGUUUUCCAGCCCGGAUCGGAUUGUUUGGACUGGGGAUGCCUUCGGGUUGUUUUGAAAGUCUGAACUGUUCCCAUCAAAGUUUGAUGCCUUUGUCCUGUCCCGCAGCCUGUUCCACGCCACUCGGCAUGUUUUGACCGUGCGUAAUUACUGUUUUCCAGUUUGUCGGACUUUGGCGAAGGCGUCACAGGUAGACGCACAGCUCAUGACUAUACUGCACCUCCUCCAAGCCUGAGCUGACACUUCUGCUCCUCUAUCCGCUUCAUUUGGGAGUCCAUCAUGGAUGACACCGGGGGGGUUCAUCUGUGCACCUGGAAGACAAACACCGUCCUGGGAGUGUUGGUGAUGCUUCACCUCGUUGCGCACACGGACGCGUCCGGCGUGUCCAAAACCUGCGACAAAGGCUGUUUUUCCGGCAAGUGCAUCAACGGAACCUGCGUGUGCGACCAUGGAUGGGUCGGAGAGCAAUGUCAGCACUGUCAGGGAAGAUUCAAGUUAACAGACCUGUCAGGCUCACUCACAGACGGACCGGUAAACUACAAGUACAAGACCAAAUGCACUUGGCUGAUAGAAGGAUAUCCUAAUGCAGUGCUCAGACUGCGCUUCAAUCAUUUUGCCACUGAGUGCAGCUGGGACCACAUGUACGUUUAUGAUGGAGACUCCAUUUACGCCCCGUUGAUUGCUGUCUUCAGCGGCCUCGUCGUACCAGAGACCAGGGGAAAUGAGACGGUCCCAGAGGUGGUGACCACAUCUGGCUACGCUCUGCUCCAUUUCUUCAGUGACGCCGCCUACAACCUGACCGGCUUCAACAUCGCAUACUCGAUCAACUCCUGUCCCAACAACUGCUCGGGCCACGGCAGAUGCAGCACGGCCAACUUGGUGUCUGGCCGAGUGUACUGUGAGUGUGAGGAGUACUGGAAAGGAGAGGCGUGCAACAUCCCAUACUGCAGGGACAACUGUGGCAGCCCGGAUCACGGCUACUGUGACCUGACCGGAGAGAAGCUGUGUGUCUGCAACGACAGCUGGCAAGGUCCAGACUGCUCUCUGUCUGUUCCCUCCACCGAGGCCUUCUGGAUGCUGCCCAGUAUCAAGCCUUCAGCUCAGUCCCUGGGUCGGGCGUCCCAUCAGGCCCUGGUGCACUCUGGGCUGAUGUGGGUGGUGGGAGGUUACUCCUUUAACUACUCCAACUACCACAUGGUCCUCAACUACAACCUGGAGACCAGUACGUGGGAUGUGGUUCCUGUCACCAACGGGCCUCUGUACAGAUAUGGACACUCACUGGCUCUGCACCAGGAGGAAAUCUACAUGUUCGGUGGGAAGCUGGAAACUGGAUCAGCCAACGUGACAGAUGAAUUGUGGGUGUUUAACAUCCCCAGACGUACCUGGUCAUUGCAGAAACCAGCCCCGCCUCCUCCUUACGCCCUGGAGGGACACACUGCCCAUGUGGUGGAGCUGGUGGACGGCGAGCCGGUGUUGUUGAUCUUCUUCGGCUACUCGCCAAUCUACAGCUACAUCAACAAAGUUCAGGAGUACAACAUCAGGUCUAACUCGUGGCAGGUCGUGUCCACCGGUGGUGCCGUGGUCCAGGGGGGUUACGGCCACAGCAGCGUCUACCACAAGGCCAGCGGCUGUGUGUUCGUCCAUGGGGGGUACAAGGCGCUCAGCAACAACAAGUACGGCCUGGUGGACCACAUGUACCGCUAUCACGUCCACACGAGAACAUGGUUGAUUCUUAAGGAGAGCGGCUUGGCGCGAUACCUCCACUCUGCGGUGCUGCUGAGUGGCACGGUGCUGAUCUUUGGGGGAAAUACUCACAAUGACACGUCGCUAAGCAACGGAGCCAAGUGCUUUUCUUCUGACUUCUUGGCGUACGAUAUAGCUUGUGAUGAGUGGGCUGUUCUUCCCAGACCAGGACUACACCAGGACAUCAACCGCUUUGGACACUCUGCUGUGGUUAGCAACAGCUCCAUGUACAUCUUCGGAGGUUUUUCGGGCCUGUUGCUGAACGACGUGUUGGCCUACACACCUCCGUCCUGCCAGGCCUUCUCUGACCCGGCCCUCUGUGCUGCAGCCGGUCCAGGCCUUCGCUGCCACUGGGUUCAAAGUGGAUGUGUCCCUUGGGAAGCUGGACCACCUGACCGGGUUUCUUCCCCCGCUCCGUUCUGCCCUCCAUGGCGUGAGAGUACAGAUGAGGACUGUUUUCGGUUCUCAGACUGUGCGAGCUGCACUUCCAACACUCUGGGCUGUCAGUGGUGUGAGGACAGGAAGUGUAUCUCUGCCUCCAGCAACUGUACUGUGCUGACUCUGGAGCUGGCCCAGCAGCAUGGCGGCGCUCUGUCUCUGUCUCCACCUCCAUCCAUGUUGUCUGAGCAUCAGCUGAGCUUGUGGAAACACGGAGCCAGAAGGAGGGGACAUUCGGUGCGAGACCCAUCCAGGUGUAAACGCCGGGAGGAGCAGGAGUGUUUCAGGUUGGCCAACUGCAGGAGCUGCUCCCUCAACGGUAACUGUCAAUGGGAUCCACAGCAGCAGGAGUGUCAAGCUCUGCCCGGCCAAGUGUGUGGCGAGGGUUGGCAUCACGUUGGAGAGGCCUGUCUGCGGAUCAACUCCAGCAGAGAAAGCUACGAUAAUGCACAGCACUACUGCAAAAACCUGGGAGGAAAUAUCGCCUCUUUGGUCACAGACAAGCAGGUCACUUUUGUUCUGGAAGAGCUGCAAAAAUACCAGCUGGAGGACAAGAAGUUGUCUCCUUGGGUCGGCCUGCGGAAGAUCAAUGUGUCGUACUGGGGCUGGGAGGACGCGUCACCGUUCACCAACAGCAGUCUGCGCUGGUUGCCCAGUGAACCCAGUGACUCCGGCUUCUGCGCCUACAUGGAGCGAGCGCAGGUGUCUGGACUUAAAGCCAACCCCUGCACCGCCACCACUGACGGUCUGAUCUGCGAGAAACCUGCAGGGAAUCUACAAAGUCAGAGCGCCCGUCCCUGUAAAACGCCAUGUGCUCUUCGUACCAGCUGUGCUAACUGUACCAGCCAGGCCAUGGAAUGCAUGUGGUGUGGAAGUACGCAGCGCUGUGUCGACUCCUCGGCUUACGUCAUCUCCUUCCCUUACGGCCAGUGUCUGGAGUGGCAGACCCAGGACUGUGCUGCUCAGAACUGUUCAGGCCUGAGGACGUGCGCCGAGUGUCUGGAACGGGCCGAGUGCGGCUGGUGCGGCGAUCCCACCAACACGGGCAGAGGCGUGUGCAUGGAGGGCUCCUACCGAGGGCCCCUGAAGCCCGCUAAUGGAAGGACGGGGCCCCGAGACAGGGACAGACUACGCGACAGGGACAUGGUGCUGGACCAGAGUCUCUGCUCAGCUGAUCGGGGAUACAACUGGGCCUACAUCCAAUGUCCCGCGUGCCAGUGUAAUGGUCACAGCAGGUGUGUGAACGGCAGUGUGUGCGAACACUGUGGGAACCUGACAGCCGGGACGCACUGCCAGAGCUGCAUGGCCGGUUACUAUGGCGACUCCAUCAACGGAGGAAAGUGCAACGCCUGUAAGUGUAACAACCAUGCCAAUGUGUGCCACGUCAACACGGGGAAAUGCUUCUGCACCACCAAGGGCAUCAAAGGGGACCAGUGUCAGCUAUGUGACUCAGAGAACCGUUACCUUGGUAACCCUCUACGAGGAACAUGCUAUUACAACCUGUUGAUCGACUACCAGUUCACCUUCAGCCUGCUUCAGGAAGACGACCACCACUACACCGCCAUCAACUUCAUGGCUACGCCUGAACAGACAAAUAAGAACCUUGACAUGUCCAUCAAUGCCUCCAACAAUUUCAACCUCAACAUCACUUGGUCUCUAAGCUCAACAGCUGGUACCAUCUCAGGGGAGGAGAUGCCGAUCAUAGCGAGAACCAACAUCAAGGAGCACAGAGACAGCUUCUCCUGUGAAAAAUUCAACUUCCGACUUCAUCACAACAUCACCUUCUACGUCUACGUGUCCAACUUCAGCUGGCCAAUCAAGAUCCAGAUUGCGUUCUCUCAGCACAACAGCAUCAUGGACCUGGUGCAGUUCUUCGUCACCUUCUUCAGCUGUUUCCUGUCUCUGUUACUGGUCGCCGCCGUGGUUUGGAAGAUCAAACAGACCUGCUGGGCCUCCCGUCGCAGAGAGCAGUUGAUGAGAGAGCGACAGCAGAUGGCCAGUCGUCCCUUCGCUUCGGUUGCCGUAGCACUGGAGGUGGGCGGGGACCAAGAGGAGCUGCUACAGGCUGUACCGAAGCCCAUCGCCAUGGAACCGUGCUGGGGAAGCAGAGCAGGUGUUUUAACGGUGCUGCUGUAUCUGCCCAGAGUCCCAUCAGGAAUCCCCCCGCCAGGACAGUCUGGUAUCGCUAUAGCCAGUGCUCUGGUGGACACGUCACAGCAGCGAGUGGUGGACUUCAAAGACAGAGGCCUGGGUCUGAAGCAUCGCAAACACACCGUGCAUCACCAAGGCACCUGUGUUUGACCUGGACGCCGCCUGCAGGGUGACAACACAUACCCACAAUCCCACAGGGGGAGUGGGUAUGUGGGUAUCUGUAACCCUAAAAUGGAGUGGAAGGACAAAGGCAGUAGGUGGAGGUGUUACCACUGACUCCCCGACAGGUAAAAACUGACGGAUCGCAUGGAUUUACGUUGACGUCGGUCCUUCAGAGUCAAAAACACAAAACUCACUGUGACCCACGUUCACAGAUGAUAAAUUUCCUACCCUACUUUUUCCACUUCCACGCAGCCGUUUGUGUCUCAAGGGCUCCACUCGCCUCCUGUCACCCUGCCGGCAGCAUCGACUAAAGAAAAACGCUCGGUACACAACUAUAAACCAAACUUAACGGCUUGGAGCUCCGCUGAAAGGUAUUGAGCUGAAAUGAACUGAGCUGACUUACAAACCCACUCGGGCUCAGGAGUCCUACCCAGGAGAGAGCAACACAAACCUGAGUGGAUCAAUGCAAAAACACGGAAGUGAAAGGUUCACACUGGGAUAAAGGCUCCUGUGAAUUCAAAGACCGCUGUUUGUUACGAUGUUACGGUUGCGUCUUACUAAAAUCAUUGGAUAUGAAGUAGUGUUUCCCUGCACCGUUUGAAGUUUGACUUUUUUUUUUUUUUUUUUUUUUUUUUUGAUACGUGCUCAGGUCCUCUGUAGUAGAAAAGGGUCCAGAAUCUGUAGCUUUGGGCCUUAAACACAUCUGUAUAUGCACUACCAGUGAAAUGCUUUACCAGUACAUUAGGACCCUCUGAGGGGGAAUAUUAUGCAAGAGACCAUCCAAACCUGAUGUUUAUUCUGGGCUGUGAUGUGACCCCAUCAUCACACACACACACACACACACACACA